GCGCGAGCACUUCCGCCUCGAGCCGGAAGCUCCGUCCCUCACAGCGCGAGUUCCUGCGCGUGGGGAGUUGGAGAGUUUGCGUGGCGGGAACGCAGCGGCAGUGAGAGCCAGCGGCGCCGGCCCUUGCGUCCGGUGCGGCGAUGCUGACCCCGGCGUUCGACCUCAGCCAGGAUCCGGACUUCCUGACUAUCGCCAUCCGCGUGCCCUACGCCCGGGUCUCCGAGUUCGACGUCUACUUCGAGGGGUCCGACUUCAAGUUCUACGCCAAGCCAUACUUUCUCAGAUUAACCCUUCCUGGAAGAAUUGUAGAAAAUGGAAGUGAGCAAGGAUCCUAUGAUGCAGAUAAAGGAAUUUUUACCAUUCGCCUGCCCAAAGAAACUCCUGGCCAGCAUUUUGAGGGGCUGAACAUGUUAACUGCUCUUCUGGCACCAAGAAAAUCCAGGACAGCAAAACCACUUGUGGAAGAAAUAGGUGCUUCUGAGAUUUCUGAGGAAGUAGUUGACGAUGAAGAGUUUGAUUGGGAAAUUGAGCAGACACCCUAUGAAGAGGUAUCAGAAAGUGCUUUGAAUCCGCAGUGCCACUAUGGAUUUGGAAACUUACGAUCAGGAGUGUUGCAGCGGUUACAGGAUGAAUUGAGUGAUGUUAUUGAUAUUAAGGAUCCAGAUUUCACCCCUGCAGCUGAACGAAGACAGAAGCGCCUGGCCGCUGAGCUGGCCAAGUUUGAUCCUGAUCAUUAUCUAGCUGACUUUUUUGAAGACGAGGCGAUUGAACAGAUUUUGAAGUAUAAUCCUUGGUGGACUGAUAAAUAUUCAAAAAUGAUGGCCUUUUUGGAAAAGAGUCAGGAGCAAGAAAAUCAUGCUACAUUAGUGUCUUUUUCUGAAGAAGAGAAAUAUCAGCUACGAAAAUUUGUCAAUAAAUCUUAUCUGCUGGACAGGAGAGCCUGUCGUCAAGUGUACUACAGUUUGAUUGAUAUCCUUCUGGCAUAUUGCUAUGAAACCCGUGUCACUGAAGGAGAGAAGAAUGUAAUUGAAUCUGCAUGGAAUAUCAGGAAACUGAGUCCAACACUAUGCUGGUUUGAGACUUGGACUAACGUUCAUGAUAUCAUGGUGUCUUUUGGAAGAAGGGUGUUGUGUUACCCACUCUAUCGCCAUUUCAAGCUGGUGAUGAAGGCCUACAGGGACACUAUAAAGAUAUUGCAACUGGGUAAAAGUGCAGUUUUAAAGUGUCUCCUGGAUAUUCACAAAAUUUUUCAGGAAAAUGACCCAGCAUACAUACUGAAUGAUCUCUACAUCUCAGACUACUGUGUGUGGAUUCAGAAAGUCAAAUCCAAAAAGUUGGCAGCUCUUGCAGAAGCCUUAAAGGAAGUCUCCCUUACAAAGGCCCAGCUGGGGUUAGAACUGGAAGAACUAGAAGCAGCAGCACUGCUUGUCCAGGAGGAAGAAACUGCAUUAAAAGCAGCCCAUUCAGUUUCUGGGCAGCAGACACCUUGCUCCAGCUCUGGGGCAAGUGAUUCGGAGGACUCAGACAGCACCGUGUCAUCUGGAAAGGAAGACUCAGACUCAGAUUCAGAACAAGAUGAACUCAAAGAUAGUCCAUCUGAGACAGUCAAUUCUUUGCAAGGUCCCUUUCUUGAAGAAAGCAGUGCCCUUCUCAUUGUUGAUGGUGGAGUACGCAGAAACACAGCCAUCCAGGAGUCUGAUGCCAGUCAGGGAAAGCCACUUGCCUCUUCCCGGCCUCUUGGAGUGUCUGGGCCUCUGAUAGAGGAGCUUGGGGAACAACUGAAGACUACGGUUCAGGUUUCUGAACCCAAGGGCACCACUGCUGUAAACCACAGCAAUAUGCAGAAGAGAGACGGCUGUCAGACACCAAAUAAUUGACUCUUAGGUGGUUUUAUUCAUUGUUGAGAAAUACGGUAGAUUUGAUUUCAUUCACCGAAUGAGAAUUCCUCAUUUUGACUUUGUAAUUUUUCUUAGUAUAUAGUCAGCCCACUGUAUUUGUGUGUUCUACAUCUGUGGAUUCAACCAGCUGCAGAUCAAAAGUAUUUAAGAAAAAAUCGCGUCUGUACCAAACAUGUGCAGACUUUUUUUCUUGUUAUUAUUCUCUAAAUAAUACAGUAUGACAACUAUUCCCACAGCAUUUACAUUGUAUUGGGUAAUAUAAGUAAUCUAGUGAUGAUUUAAAGUGUACAGGAGGAUGUGGGUAGGUUAUAUGCAAAUACUGCACCAUUUUUUAUCAGGGACUUGAGCAUCUGAGGAUUUUGGUAUCCUCAGGAGUCCUGGAACCAACCCCCCACAGAUACGGGGACAACUUUAUGACAUUGUUUUUCAAUCAGUGAAUGUUUAUACCUUUUGUUUUCCUUGCUGCGACUGUGAAGAUAAAGUUCAAAAGUAUUUUUGCCAAAGUGUAGCUAAUAUUUCAAGCUGAAAAUAAUAGUUCUACUGCCAGUGUCUCCAGAAUGUAAAGCCCAUCAAUAUUUUUAUUUUAGGAGGUGUACUUGACACCCGAUAAACUGCACGUAUUGAAAGUGUACAAUGUGUUGGCGUAUGUAUACCCUGCCUAAAACUAUCACCUCAAUUGAAGUGAGGAACGGACCCAUUAUUCCCAAGUGCCCUUGUGCCCUGUUAUUAGUUUGCAUGUCCUAGAAUUCUAUGUAAAUUGAAUCAUACAAUAUAUAUCCCUUUUUUGGUCAGGCUUAUUUUAGUCAGUAUAGUUAUUUUGAGAUUCAUCCAUGUGGUAGCAUGUGUCAAGAGGUUUUGUUUUUAUGUUUUUCAUUGCUGAGUACUACUUCAUUGAAUAGAUUUGUUCACUGACCUAUCGAUGGACACCUGGGUUGUUUCCAGUUUGGGGCUGUUAUAAAUAAAGCUGUUAUGAACAUUUGUAUACAAGU